ACUUCGGUACGGAUUGCCGAAAAAGGAGGAAAUAACAACCAGCAAGGGAAAAAAGACCAAGGGAAAAGAAAUUUCAUGGGAUCAUUAAAUAUUAACUUGAAAUAAUUAUAUUUUAAUCUACUCAAGGAGCAGGGUGAACGAAACAAAAUGGGUAGGGAAAAGAAUGACAGAGCUCCUUUGACAUAUGACGACGACAACAUAGAAAAGAAAUUGAGGAGAGCAUGUAUAGAGGGAGACUUGGAUACAGUGAAAGAGUGCUUAGCAGAGGGAGCUGAUAUUAAUGAUCAAAAUCAGCAAUUAAACAACAGUAUUCACCUAGCUUCUUUCUACGGAAAACUUGACAUUUUACAACUACUACUCCAACAGGAUAAGGCGCAUAUUAACGCUACCAAUCAAAAUGGCCAGACUUCGUUACAAUUGGCUUGUAUUAAAGGCUAUAUAGAGAUCGUCCAACAAUUAGUGAAUACAAAGAAAUGUCAAUUGGACGCUGCAACGGACGCUAGCAAUAUGACCGCCUUGCACCUAGCGUCUAAACACGGCCACGCUUCCGUAUGCCAGUAUUUAUUAGACGUCGGCGCGGAUAGGAAUGCGAAAGACUUGAUUGAAAAGCUCCCAGAGUACUAUGCUGCCAACGAGGAAACUGAAGAAGUAUUUCGUAUAAACAGCGAUGGAGAUGUAAGUAUCAAUCACAACGAGGAAAAGUCAUCAUCGAAACAGCAGGCAGUAGAUAGAUCGAAAGAAGUAAGCGAAAAGUCAAAAGUUCAGACAGUGGAGGUAAAACAAGAAGCACCAAAGAAAGAAACGAAAAUAGAAGAGAAGAAAAUACCGGAAAGGCAAAAAGAACAAAAAAAAAUAGAAGAAAAGCAACCAGAAAAGAAAAAGGAUGAUAUAGCACAACCAAAUAAUUCAGUAAACGUAGACAAAAAGUCCGAAGUAAAUGAAACAAGUAAAGAAGCAAAACAAAAAGAAUCGAUCGAAGUUAAAAGCGAGGAGAUUCGACAAAACAACACGACAAAAAGUGAUCAGAAGAACGAUAAAAAUCCAGCAAUUCCCAAAAUCGAUAAUAAAUCUAAGCAGGAGUCAACCGACACAGUCGACAGUAGCGGACCCGGUGGUUUAAGAAAAGCGCGAAACCGUUCAAAAAAUAUUGGCGAUCCGUUUCACGUCGAAGGAGUCGCUAGAUUGAAAAUAGGAGCUGGCCAAAUAAGAAGAGGUAAUUUUCAAAAGAUGAAAGAUCACGAAUUUGAAUGGUCGGAUGAUUUUAAAAAGAGGCAACAAUUAAGCGUUUACGAUCGUUUGCUAGGCGGUGCUAAGAAACGAUAAAGAAAAUAAUAUAGAAAUAUGAUAUGAACAAAUGAUCUGCAUGAUCAAUAAAGAAAAAUUAAAGAAAAACAAAACAAAAAUCUACAAUACAACUUGAAUCGUCACUAAUUAGCUUAAAUACCGUUCCUAUUACAUAGAAGUAAAGAUGUACAAAAUCCAAGUCUUCCAUAUUUGUACAGAUUAAAGUAAAUAAAACAAAAUUAACCCUUAGAAUUGUUACACUAAAUAGUAGUUUUUGUGAGUAUUGUACGGAUAUAUAUGUUUUAGUUUGUCAUGUCGAAGAUAAGAAGAAAAAUUAAAAAACAAAAAUACAUAAAAAGAAGCUAUUACCAGCACACGAGUCUCCUACUAAAUUUUUCUUUAAAAAUUAAUAACCAUACUAUAAUAUUAACGGUAUGAAUUUGCUUUUCAAGUUUUAUAUGCUUGUAUAAAAACUAUAAUUAUUUCUGUCCCUUUAGCUUAUGCUGGUCAUGAGUGUUUACGCUGGCGUGUCAAAUAAAACAAUAUUUCUGCAUGAAUUGUUCUUUCCCUAGCUCUCAAAUUUUCAUACAAAAAGAAAUUUAAGCCUAUAAUUUUACAAAAAUAAUGAAAACACAUAAAAAAAUUACGGAAAAAAGAACAAAACAGUACUAAUAAAUAGAGCUGCUUACCUGGGGUAACCCGUAUCUUUCAC